AUGGCCACGGAAAUGGAUCAAUCCAUGGGUUUAGGCAGUGUCCAAGAGGUCACCACACCCACAACAUCCUCACCAUCUAUUCCUACUCCUGUCUCAGCCGGCAUGAAGAGGGAUUCGCCCUCUCCUUCCAACGGUGGCAAUUCUGCCUCACGACGACCCCCUCGCAAGAGCACUCUCACUCAGCAACAAAAGAACCAGAAGCGACAGCGUGCCACCCAAGAUCAAUUGACAACUUUGGAGAUGGAAUUCAACAACAACCCCACACCUACCGCUACUGUCCGUGAGAGAAUUGCCGACGAAAUUAACAUGACCGAGAGGUCUGUUCAGAUCUGGUUCCAGAACAGACGUGCCAAGAUCAAGUUGUUGGCUAAGAAGAGCCUGGAGACUGGUGAAGAUAUUGACUCGAUUCCUGAAUCGAUGCGAGCGUAUCUUGCCAUGCAGGCUAUGGAGUCUGGUAAGGGUCUUGGUGGAAGUUAUCUUGGUCGCACUGGACUGGUGCCUUUCGGCCACGGUAACAUGAUGCUCGGCGGUGACCAAGGAGGUCAGGGCAAAGUUUUGAUCCAUCAUCUCACUUGCCGAUCUCUCAGCAUCGGAAAAUGGACUCGAGUUGGACAGAACACGAUGGAUCUCAUCAUCUUCUACUCACCUGACAAGUGCACCAUGACCUACUACAUCAACAACGAACAGGCUGGCUACAAGAUCGAGUACCCCUUCUCAUCCAUCAAGAACAUCUUCCUCGAGAACGGCGAAGGAGACCCAACCAAGCUCGGCGGAAUUGUCAUCGAGUUGAACAGGCCCCCCAACUUUUUCAUGGACUCAUCGCCUACUACCAACGGAUUCUUCCAGUGUGGUGACUUUACUGAAGAUCUCCAGGCUACUCAUUGUCUGGUUCACCAUCUCGGUGGAAACCCCAAGGUUCUCAGCGGUCAACUCGCCAAGCUCGUUUCGCUCGAGUCUUUCAUGAACCGCCACAACCCUAAUCCCUACAACGACCCCCACGCCCUCUCCGUGUCGGCUCCUGUCUCCCCGACUGCCCGACCCUCUUCGCAGCCCAGCUUCAACCCUCAUGGGCAUGUCGGCAUGUUCCAAGAGCAACAAUGGGGUAUCCAUCAGAUGCACUCCGGCAUGCGUGCUGGUCCUGGUCACAAGCGUCAGCGCAGUCGGUCAGUCCCUGGCCCUGUUGACUUUGCCAUGUUCCAGAACCAGCCCAUGCCCUCUUUCUACAUCCAGCCUCCUGGGGAGAUGGCUCCUCCCCCUCCUCAGCACAACCCUCACAUCUACGCUCCUGUGCCCCAGCCUCCCAGCAACAUGGCACCCAACCUGCGCAUUGACACUCAGGCAGGCUUUGGUUUGGAUAUGCGCCAAUAUCCCAUGUCGGCCACCACUGCUUCCCCUGCAGAGUUUCCUCCCAGUCCAGGAUUCUUCCCUCCUGGUCCCGAGGUGCCUCAGUCUAACUACAACACCCCCUACGGCAAUGGAUUCCUCUCGCCCAUGGGCAACGGUGAGGGCAUUCCUACAUCUGUGUCUCCUAUCUCUUUCAACGGCGGUGAGCCUUCUAUCCUGGAGCAGUCACCUCCCAUGUCGAUGAUGGGACGUCCUGGUUCAACUGACAUGUAUGCUGUCAACGAUGGAUCAUGCGCCGUUUCAGAUGACGGAACUGGCCUGAACGAGAUGUACUCUAAACACACCAUCAACAUGCCUAUGCACACGCCUUCUCCUGGAUAUGUUCAGCAUCAACAGGCUGAUCUCGACAUGGAACAGCUUGUGCAGUUCGACGCAGUUGAUCCUUCAAGCCUAUCCCCCGAGGCAAUGUCCCACGCUCAAGGAAACUAA